AAAUGUUUUCGGUUAAAUUGUUCCAUAUCCCUGAGCUUCACCCGAUCUACAACACUUCACCAUCGUCGUCUACGCACAUUUCGGUUUCGUAGUCGAAUUCAUCAUCAGCUUACUCUGCUGUUCGUUGUUCUUCCCCGCAUCUGUAAACCCUCGUAAUUUGAUCAUAUUUGGAUCAAUAUUGUUCCACAUCGCGAAAUCCUGCCCAAUCUCAUUCUACUACGCAUUUCAUGGUCCUGUAGUUGGUAAUCGGGUACGAGAUUUCCGCUUGAACAUUGAAAAUGGCUGCAGCCCCGCCGGUGGGCGCGGGGAUGGCUGGUCUCGCUAAAUCCGGUGCAAUCUCCAAAGGCUACAACUUCGCCUCCACCUGGGAACAGAAUGCUCCAUUGACAGAGCAACAGCAGGCAGCAAUUGUUGCACUUUCCCAUGCUGUUGCUGAACGACCAUUUCCUCCAAAUUUGGCACAAGAUAAAGUAGCUGGACUGGAAAAUGGUCUAACUAUUAAAACAAAGCACAACACUGCAGAAGAUUCAGGUGUCAUUGAUGCAGUUUUGGUCAAUACGAAUGAGUUCUACAAAUGGUUUGCUGAUCUGGAAGCAGCUAUGAAAUCAGAGACAGAAGAGAAAUAUCAACAUUAUGUGAGGACUCUAACAGAGCGAAUACAGACAUGUGACACCAUACUCAAUCAGGUGGAUGAAACACUUGAAUUAUUUAAUGAACUACAACUGCAGCAUCAAGCUGUUGCAACAAAGACAAAAACUCUACAUGAUGCAUGUGACCGGCUGGUAGUAGAGAAGCAAAGGCUGAUCGAGUUUGCUGAAUCACUUCGUGCUAAACUCAACUACUUCGAUGAGCUGGAAAAUGUUGCAACCAGUUUCUAUGCACCAAGCAUGAAUGUAGCACAUGAGAAUUUCCUCCCUUUGCUCAAAAGACUUGACGACUGCAUAUCGUAUGUUGAAAACAACCCACAGUAUGCCGAGUGCAAUGUUUACUUAGUCAAGUUUCGACAACUCCAGUCUCGUGCUCUAGGGAUGAUUCGUUCUCACGUACUCUCUAUUCUAAAAAACACUUCUGCUCAGGUCCAGGCUGCAAUCAAAAGCAGCUCUGGUGACAAAGCAUCUGUCUCUGAGGGUGUGGAGGCGUCUAUAAUAUAUGUUCGGUUCAAAGCGGCAGCAAAUGAGCUUAAGCCAGUAUUGGAGGAAAUUGAAAGUAGAAAACCAAGAAAGGAAUAUGUCCAGAUGCUCAUGGAAUGCCACAAGAUUUAUUGUGAACAAAGGCUCUUACUGGUUCGGGGCAUUGUUCAGCAACGAAUCUCUGAAUUUGCAAAAAAAGAAGCUUUGCCAUCAUUGACUAGAUCUGGUUGUGCAUACCUCAUGCAGGUAUGUCAACUUGAGCAUCAGCUUUUUGAUCAUUUCUUCCCUUCAUCAUCGGAGGAUGUUUCAAGUUUGGCUCCUCUAAUAGAUCCACUGUGUACUUACUUAUAUGAUACUUUACGUCCAAAACUCAUUCAUGAAGCAAACCUUGAUAUUCUUUGCGAACUUGUGGACAUACUCAAAGUUGAAGUCUUAGCUGAACAAGUAAGUAGACGAGGUAAAUCGCUAGCAGGAUUACGACCAACACUGGAGAGGAUUUUGGCAGAUGUUCAUGAGCGUUUGACUUUUCGUGCUAGAACCCACAUCCAUGAUGAGAUUGCAAACUACCUUCCUACGGAUGAAGACCUGGAUUAUCCUGCUAAGUUGGAGCAAUCAGCCGAGACAAAGUCAGAAACAUCAUCUAGUGCUCAAAGCUCAGAUGUUUCAAGAACUUGGUACCCUCCGCUUGAGAAAACUAUAUCUUGUCUGUCCAAACUAUACAGAUGCUUAGAACCAGCAGUUUUUACUGGUUUGGCACAGGAAGCUGUAGAAGUCUGUGCAUCAUCCAUUCAGAAAGCUAGCAAACAAAUUGCAAAAAGGUCAUCUACAAUGGAUGGGCAAUUAUUCCUCAUAAAGUAUCUUCUUAUACUUAGAGAGCAGAUUGCCCCAUUUGAUAUUGAAUUCUCAGUCACACACAAGGAGCUUGACUUCUCUCAUUUGCUGGAGCAUUUGAGACGGAUUCUUAGGGGUCAGGCCUCGCUAUUUGACUGGUCAAGGUCGACGUCCCUGGCCAGAACUCUCUCUCCCCGAGUUUUGGAAAGUCAAAUAGAUGCCAAGAAGGAAUUGGAGAAAAACCUCAAAGCUACUUGUGAGGAGUUUAUUAUGUCGGUGACCAAGCUGGUUGUGGACCCUAUGUUGUCUUUUGUCACCAAGGUCACUGCAGUCAAAGUUGCACUAUCCUCGGGCAGUCACAAACCGGAGUCUGCCAUUAGUAAGCCACUCAAAGAUCAGGCUUUUGCAACUCCAGAGAAAAUAUCCGAACUAGUUCAGAAGGUUGGAUCUUCUAUUAAACAAGAGCUGCCAGGAGUUGCGGGUAAAAUGAAGCUUUAUCUCCAGAACCCCACCACACGCUCUAUACUUUUCAAACCAAUCAGGACCAAUAUUGUCGAAGCGCAUACUCAAGUGCUAAAUUUGCUCAAGGCUGAGUAUUCUCCUGAAGACAUGCAAAAUGUUAAUAUGGUUUCAAUACAUGACUUGCAGGCUCAACUCGACGAUCUUAUGUAACGCAGAAUGUACUCGAGUUAUCGAUUUUUGAAACCUGGAAUUUAUACAUUUUUAGAAAUAUUCAACUGCAAUAUUACAUUUAUAGUUAUGUUAUUAAUUCGGAGAAGUAUCGAGUAAGUCCAUUCCUGUGCAUGGAGAUUUUGUAACAUUCUGUCACAUUUAUAGUUGUGUUAUAGUAAUGUCAUGAUUCUUUUUGGGGAUUAUAAA